AUGGAGGCAAUACUUGAUGUACCAGAACAUGAGCAUCCACUAAAGCUCAUUGAUUUGCAGCUACAAAUACAAUAUGAAGAAGAAGAAGAAGAAGAAGAAGAAGAAGAAGAAGAAGAAGAAGAAGAAGAAGAAGAAGAAGAGAAUGGGGGCUGUGAUAGGAUUAUGAAAGAGGGUUUUCAUGGUAUCACAUGUUGGAGGUGUAAGGAAGAGAUCCAUGUUUACCAUAGGUACUACUACAAAUGCAACAUAUGUGAUGAUUUCUCACUUCACAAAUUUUGUGCCGAGCACUGUAAAAUGUUAGAGCACCCAUCACACCCGCACCAUACUCUUUUUCUGGUACCAUAUUCAUUUUUACAUGUAUAUUUUUAUCAUAUUUGCAACCUUUGUAAGAGAGGUCACAAGCCUGGAGAAUUGUUUUACCAAUGUGGUAAAUGUGAUUUUUCCAUUGAUCUCCGGUGUGCCAUGGAAGUAGGAAAAAAUGUCAUCCAUCAUCCUUGUCACCCUCACUUGCUAACAUGUGCUAUCCCUAAGCCCAUUUUAUGUGAGUGUAGUGCUUGUGGGAUGGAACAUAAAGGAAUAUUCUAUCAAUGUUCCACUUGUGCCGGCGGUUUCACUAUACAUAGUGAAUGUGCUUUCCUACCAAAAACUUUGCUAAUCCAAGAGAAAAAAGAUGGUGCUUUUUAUCAUACCCAUCCACUCAUCAUUUCAUAUUCCUUCCCUAAGAUAGAUCAACAAGCUAAACAUGAUCCUAGAUGCAGAGAUUUGGAUGCUGACUAUCCUCAUCUUUUUCAUCUCCCAUUUCCUGAUGAAACUUACAUCAUACCAAAACACUUGUUUUCUCAACAAACUAGAUUUGGAACAUUUACAAGUAAUGAUGAAGUAAGCCUACAACAUAUCAGUCAUGAACACCCUCUAAUUCUUGUUGAUCAAAUGCAAAUGGAUGGGAAAACCUCCUCAAAUAUUUAUUCUUGGUUAUUAAAGUGUCAUGACCCAGUGAAAAAGACCCAAUUGUUAUGUAAUGGAUGUCUUAGACCAAUCAUGUCCACCAUGCCUUUUUACAUGUGCACUAAUGCUAAUGAUGAUCAUAGUUGCAACUUUGCUCUUCAUGAGUGGUGCACUCGACUCCCUGGAGAAAUAGAAAACCACCCGGUUCACCCAUAA